AUGUCUACAAACACUGUUCCCUACCCCUUCAAGUUCGAGUCAACUGCCUCUCUCGGACCUCAAGAUGGUACCACUUCAGAUCUUACUGUGAGCUUUGAGAACGUCCGGGGCAAGGUUCCCUCAUUUCAAACCUCACGGCUUAGGACGAUGAUGCUGGAAGCUCGUAAUGAUCCCACAAAGAUUCUGGCUCAUGCAUGCACAUAUGACGGUCUUUCUUCCCGCCUUGUCGAGGAAGCUGGUUUUCCCAUGGCUUUUCUCGCAGGUUAUGCAGUGGCUAGCUCCUACGGUCUGCCAGAUACAGGGUACAUUGCGAUGGAAGAAAUGUGCCACAAAAUUCAAGAGACCUGCCGCCAGGUCUCGAUUCCCGUCAUGGCUGAUGGAGAUACCGGCUAUGGGAGUCCUAUGAACGUCAAGCGAACGGUUGAAAGUUUUGCGGCAGCGGGAGCAGCAGGUGUGAUGAUUGAAGACCAGCGCUGGCCAAAACGUUGUGGGCACACAAAAGGCAAAGAUGUCGUCUCCCGCGAAGAAGCAUACGCACGAAUCCAGGCUGCUUGCGAUGCUCGUAAUGAAGGGAGAGACAUUUUCAUUCUAGCCCGUACGGAUUCUUUGAUGUAUGGCUGGGAAGAAGCCAUAACUCGGGCCAAAGAGUUCAUCCGAAUUGGCGUCGAUGCUAUUUUUAUCGAAGCUUUGCCAGACCGAGACGCAAUGAAGCGCUGUGCAGAGGAAAUAAAUGUCCCUGUAUUUGCUAAUAUCAUUGAGGGCGGCAAAACCGAAAACCUCUCCGCCAAAGAGCUGGCUGAGCUUGGGUAUAGUGCUGUUGCCUAUCCUUGGACUUUGGUUGCUGCCCACCUCAGAAGCAUACGGGAGGCCUUGGAUGGCUUGAAAAGAAGUAUGACUGUGGGAGCCCCUCCAAUGAUUUUGACCUAUGAUCAGGUUUGUGAGGGUGUUGGAUUCAAUAAAUACUGGGAGCGUGAGGAUAAGUACAAAUAUAAUUGA